CUGUGAUUGGUGGAUGGUGUUGCCUGUAAGCCAAUCACUAAGCGUUUCAUUUGAAAACCGGACGUGUGUGACGCUACUGGUACCCGGACAGUCAGCGUGCUCAAGGUUUUCUCUGUCCAGGAAGGGGAAACGCUCCGACACCAUGGGUGUGUUAUCUACGCUGAUGAGGGGUCUGGUGAGAGGAGCGGACAGGAUGUCUGAGUUCACCAGCAAGCGUGGAUCAAGGACUCAUAAUAAAGGCAGGGGAGCGAGACCCACUGGACUGAGGCUCUCCAGCAGAAAGUUUCUGUCCAUACAACCCAUGAUCCCAGAGUUUGUGGUGCCUCACUUGGAAGGAUUCAAACUCAAACCCUACGUGUCAUAUCGCUCACCGAGAGGAACAGAGCCCCCAGUGACGGCACAAAGUGUGUUUGCUGAGGUCGUAGCCCCUCAGAUCAAGGCGAGCUUUGAAGAGGGCACUUUCAGCAAAGACCAACUGGAGAAUUAUGGAUUUAAUCCAACGCAGAAGGGGAAGCUCUUCAAGCUGUAUCCUAAGAACUACGUGCGUUAAAGGUGCACUUCGGUUACGAUGGAUUUACAAAAACACUGAAAACUGGAGACCAACUAAUGUGACUUUGUGAUGUGCUUAAAAUAUACAUUUCUUACAAGUGGUUGACUUCUCAGUUACUUGAUCAUCUGGCACAAUAAAUCUUAAAUCUCAUAUAUUCCAUACAAAACAAUGUGUGUUGAUCCUUGUAAGAUCCGUUUGAGUGAAUCAUUAUUCAUGAAACUAUUUUACCUACAAAACUUAAGGGUUCUGGGAUGUUUGUCGGAGAAUAAAAGGCCUCUUGCAUGAAACAUAA